CUUUCAGCCCGUCGUCCGCUGAACUUCGCGACUCGCGACACGUCUCGGGGGUGAAGUGAGAACACUCCCACUUCUGAAUUUCUGAUUACAUGUCUUUGAUGUACCGUGCAUGAAACAUUGAGUGGUACAGGGUAGAGCCCCGAUCAUCUCCCUUCUAGGACCACAGGAAAUGGCAAGAAGGGACGCGGACGCUGUUGUUCACCUUGACGUUUGGUCUUGGUGACAGUUGAAGCUGCGUGCAGAUAUGACGAGAGAGAGCGGCGUAUGCGACAAGGCUGGGAACGUUUUCAUCUGUGAAGAGAAUUACAUUAAACCGCUGUGAACAAUGACGUUAGUUUUCUCACUAAGGACUUGAACCUUCUCUCCCCUGACCACUGUCCUUACAGGGCUGGUGUCUGGGGAGGUGUGAGUGCCAGGAGGCCUAUCUCACACGCUCAUAAACACAUACGCAGACACAGACAGACAGACACACACACACACACACACACACACACACACACACACACACACACACACAUACACACACUCGCAUUUGCACACAAGUGUACACGCAAAUACAGACACACAUGCGUUCAGAGCUGGUCCACUUCUGGGCUGGCCACAUUCCACUGAGGAGAUCCAGGUGUUAGCGUCAACAGAUCUGUAGACCUGCUUGGAGUCCCAGCUAUCAACAUCAUCACUAUGGAGUCAAUGUCAGCCGUGGUGGUAGACAUGACGACCUCGACGACGAAGACGUCAAUAUCGUCGUUGUCGCGCGGCUCCCUCUCCCUGCUGCAGAUGCUGUUGCUCAAUGCGGUGGUGUGUGGGGUGGAGAUCUGUGCGUGCGCUGGCUUCACCUACGUUCCACCACUGCUCCUCAAGGCGGGCUACACGGAGGAAAACCUCGGCCUCAUUCUGGGCUUGGGACCCCUUCUAGGCUUCUUCCUGGUUCCAGUCAUUGGCCGCGCGAGUGACCGCUGCUACAGCCACUUUGGCCGACGCCGACCUUUCAUUUUAGGUCUGGCCAUACUGCUGGUUGUCUCCCUCUAUCUCAUCCCGUUCGGGGAAUAUUUUGCCUCACUUCUCGUGCCUAACCCGGUUGUUAGCCGCAGGAUCGGCAUCUGGGGGCUAACGGCUGGAGUUGUUCUCCUUGACUUUACCACCCAGGCCUGUCUGACGCCGUGCGAGGCCCUACUCAAUGACGCGGCCUGUGAGUCGGAGCAGAGCGAAAAGAUCUUCACCAUCUACUCCCUCAUGGUGAGCCUUGGGGGCAUCAUCGGCUACCUCCUCACCGCCAUCGACUGGUCCAACAACGCCAUGGGUCAAUACUUUGGCGGUCAGGAGGCAUCUGUUUUCUCCAUCCUCAUCGUCAUGUUCACCAUGAUGCUCGCCGCCACUCUGCUCAUCGCGCAGGAAGUGCCGUUGUCCAACCCCGCCAUGACCAGUAACACGAGCAUGGUCUCAUCAACACCCACCGCCGCCUCCACAGACCCCUCCUCCUCCUCCUUAGCUGCUGUCUCUGCCACACCCUUACUCUCAGAACUAUCUGCUUCACCUUCCUCCUCACCCCGUCCCCACAUAGCCCACGAGUCGGGCUACGAAUCUAGUAACUACUCUUCAGGUGACGAAGGGCAGGGCAAAACGAACGGUAAGCGCUUGCCCAGGUCCAUCAGGGGUUUAGGUGACGCCCACUCCCCGGCCGCUGCCUUCAGCGUCAUGCCCAGCUUCCUGGCCCGCAUAUUUAGGCGUGGGGUGUCUCGUCUGGGCCACAGUUGUCCGCGGAUUUGUCGCUUCCUGAGCCAGCUAGUGUCCUGUGUGGUCUGGCUGGUCAAGCAGGUGUUCCCCAAGCAGCUGAUGGAGCUCUUUCAGAUCCCAGCUGUGCUCAAACUGCUGGCUGUAGCCGACUUCUGCUCAUGGACGGCCAUCAUGGGCUUCAACAUCUACUACACGGACUAUGUGGGACAGGUGGUUUACGGAGGUAACCCUAACGCACCCGCCGACAGCCCGGAGGGACGUGCCUACGACGAUGGGGUUCGAAUUGCCAGUUGGGGCCUCCUCUUCCACUGCAUCUGCUCGGCCGUGCUGUCCUUUUUCAUUGAGCGCCUGACCGCUGCCUACGGAUACAAGACGACCUUCACCUUGGGCAUGGUCACAUUUGUGGGAGCCAUGAUGGGCAUGGUGUUGAUUCGUCACAUCGUCUUCGUCAACCUAAUGGCGGCCAUCACAGGCUUUGCUUACGCUACCAUCACCACCAUACCUUUCAUGCUCAUCUCCAAGUACCAUGCCAACAAAAAGGUUUACUUCAGAGAUCUACCAUCUGCCACGCUGUCGGACUCAGAGCGGGGUAUCGGCGCAGACAUGGCUAUCUUGGACUGGUCCUACUUUCUCUCCCAGGUUGUGCUGACAGCUGCGAUGGGGACCAUUGUUCACGUGACAGGCACACUCAUCUCCUACAUGGUGACUGCGGGGGCCAUGGGCAUCCUAGCCAUCUACUACAUUGGACAUAUUGUGGAGAACGAACCUCAGGCGCGACGAUGUGUCAUGGAUGCCACCGACAAAAUGCCAGAUGCACGCAGAUGAUAUAUGUAGAAUAUAUACGUAUAUUUUUUUCAUAUGUACAUAUUUUAGUUAUGAGCCUUCUCAAGAAAUCUCGGAUGAUUGGUUGGCGGAUAUAUUUCUGAAAUUCUUGGAUGUUCAUAAAGAAUAUGUCUUGAAGUCAAGAAAUCUCAAAAUAUUCCUAAGGUAUAAAUCGCUGAUUACAAAAAAGCACGGAGGUAAUUCUGGAAACCUUUGGUUUGCCAGAGCAAUAUGUUUAGAAUUCCAGAUGGUCUGAAUAAUGCUUCAAAGCAGAAACUGUGGAAGAUUGAGACCUGUUUGAGGUGAGGAAUGAGGCACCAUUGGAGGAACACAGCCAUGGUGACAGACAGGUGACAACUGGAAUUCAUAGUGACUUGUAUGAUUCAAAUGAAAUGUCCAUAAUUCUCGAUGAUGCCAUUGUUCCGAACUCGUUUCUGGAAUUUCAAUACAGAAGUUCUCAGCUGGUAACUUGCUUCGCAACGCUAUAUGGCCAUGAGCUAGCUGGUCAGUCGAGAUACAGCAUUGAUCUGUUGUUGGGUUGGGACUUUUUUACUGUAGUUAGUGAAAUAUUUGUCGUUUCAAGCAAGUCAUUUUCUUGGUGAAUUGACAUGGUAUGUAGGCAUAAACAGGAAAACUGGAUACAAUGAGGUUGAGUUGAAAGGAGAAAAUCAAUCAUUUUAUUAUGCAGGAUGCCUCAGCGGCUGACUGUUGCUUCGGACGUUUCUUUUUGAAUUACUGGAUUUUGAACAUGCUUGUUCUUGAAGUGACUGGAUCAUUGAGAGGUGUUUGAUCUCCAUAAGGGGUUGUGAGCGACCAGAGAGAGCUGUCAAGUCCAAGAUGUAUGUACCCCAAACUGCUGUUUGACUUCACCCACAGUUUGAUGAAGGUGGCUAGAGAAGAAUUUUUUAAAAAUAUGUUCACUGCUUAACGUCAUUUGUUCUUUCAGAAAUUACUCAAAACAUUUGUGGGAAUAUACAUAUGCUGUAUAGGAUUUCAAUUUAACAAUUAAUCCUUUUUAACCUACAAAUUUCAGUUCAACCUUGAACUUGUGUUCAGGAUUGUUUGCAGUCUUUUUACCAACUAUCUAACCUCAGGCAGGGCUGAUUUUGUGAGCUGAGCUACUCGUUCUUUGAUAAACAUGUGUUUUUUACUUUUGAUCUGCAGUGAGGGAGAUAUGAAGAAAAAUAACAUAUCUAUUUAUUAUCAGAUGGAAACUACUGAAAAUUUUAUGGAAGGAAAGGAAAUUAAAUGAAAUAGUGCUCAAAGAAGGCUAGAGACAAAUGCAGUUUCUGGGACACCUGAAAAGACAUAAAAGCCUUGAACAUCUUGCUCUUACUGGGAUAAAAACAGAUGGCAAAAGAAGUAAAGGUAGACCAAGAACAAUUUACCCACAUCACUUCAACAGGUGGAUGACAGGGAAAGUCCUGGACAAUAUAGGUUGGGUUUUUUUAGACCAUCUGAGCAGAGACAUAAAUGGCAAACCAUGAUUGCCCAUGUCUGUUGUUAAUCUGUCACUUCAUGAUGAUGAUCAGAUGUCAGGUAGAUUAAUUACAUAAGUGUGGCAUCGUUGUGAAAUUAGGUGCUCGUUAAAAUAAUUAAAUCCAAGAAUCCGGCAUUUUCCCACCCGUUUUUAUCAAAUAUAUUUGAGGGGCUCAAGACCUUUUAUGUCCACAAAUGUAUUUCGGUGUAGAUUUUACUAAAAAUACAUUGAUCAAAAGCACCAAAAAA